GAUCCAGGAUGAUGUCCUUUUCCAACUGAACAAAUCCUGAAGGAAGAAAUUAAAAAAAUCGGCCAGGGUUCAUCUCACCAGAGUUUAAUAAAUAUGGAGGGUAAAAUCGGCCAACAACAGCAAUCACCGGCGCCGGAGACAACAAGUUCACCUGGGGAAGACCAAGAUAGUCAAAAGGAUCAUGUAAUGAGCGAAAUUCACUUGGGCUGUCCCCCUAAUUUCUCAAAACCAUUCAUUUCUCACUUCACAUUCUCACUUCCACCAGAUGUUGAGUACAAUGGAAGCAAAUAUAAAUAUCAAAUCAUUGAUGGUUCAAAACAGAAGGAGCAGGAAGUUAGUUUGGAUGAUGAUGGCGAUCUUGCUUUACCUAGGCGCAACAAGCAUUCGAAAGGCAAGUUUGUUGUGGCUAUUCAACAUAACAUCACCUCAUCAAUUCCAAAGGUUGGUUUGCAGGUUUGGAGAGCUGAACUAGUACUCUCCGAUCUUGUUUUGCAUAAAAUGUUCACUUCAUCUGAGUUUGAUGGGAUUGUGGCAGUAGAACUUGGUGCUGGUACAGGCUUGGUUGGGAUGCUACUUGCACGGGUUGCUAAAACAAUCUUUUUGACAGAUCAUGGGGUCGAGAUACUUGAAAAUUGUGCUAGGAAUGUUCAACUCAAUUCUGCAAUUAUACCUUCUAAAAGUUCAGUUUAUGUUCGUGAACUUGAUUGGAAGGCUUCAUGCCCCCCUAGGCGAGGCAGUACUGCAUCUUGUGAAAGUUAUACUUGGAACUUAUCAGAACUUGAAGAACUUAAGAGGGCGUCUUUGCUGGUAGCUGCUGAUGUAAUUUAUAGUGAUGAUCUCACCGAUGCACUAUUCAAUACUUUAGAGAGAUUAAUGUCACACAGUUUGAACAUGGUGUUAUAUUUGGCUCUUGAAAAGCGUUACAACUUCAGUCUUGAUGACCUUGAUGUUGUUGCAAAUGGGUACUCAUGUUUUCGAAGUUAUGUAAGGGAUGAAAAUGAGCAAAUGGAGCUUCAGAAUGGAUCUUUAUGUGCCUUUGCUGGUACACGAAUUGAUCUUACAGAGAUCCCUCAGUAUGCGAGUAAUUACGAUCGAGGACAGGAUGUAGAGCUCUGGCAAAUCAAGUAUGCAAGAGAAAGGAACUCUGUAAUUUGAACUUUAGAGCAGGAAUCAGUAUUAGAGGAUUGAACCUCUUUAGCUCACCCUUUUGCAUAGAUGGAAUAACCGGACGUCUUCAUUUCCCUUAAGUAUCUCUGCACACUUCAAUCAUGAGGAUGUAAUGCUUGUCUAAGGGAAUAAGGGGAAAGAAGAAGUGCAGUUAGGGAAGCGCUCUUUCUGCUUCGAAGAUAAAAGCCUGGGUUUUCUUUAGAUGAACAUAGGUUCGAAAUUUGAUAUUAAACAAGGCAUCAAGUGUAACUGUGAGACACAUCCGAAUAUUGUAAACCUCUUAGGCCUCUUAGAUUCUCUUCUGGCCUGGCGCCGCUUCUAAGGAUUUAAAAGCUUAUCAAUUUACAGUAAUGUAAAUUAGAGGACUUUAACUAGGGUGCUAUGCAAUGACAUAAAGCUGGACCGUACAAGUAUGUAAAUUUGAGAAUGUAUACUGUAUUUGUAACGUAUAGCAUUGGUUUGGUA